UAGAGUCUCUCAUGUCCAAGGGUCCAGAAAUCCCAGGUUCAGUACCCUACUCCGCUCCAUGACCAUAACCCUGAGCUAAGCAGUGGCCUGGUAAACACAUACACCUUUCUUUACCUGUAUUUUAGAUAAUGAUUUUUUUUUUUUUGCUCAUCCUGACUGGCAUAUAUACCUUAAUCAUGAAAGAGUCUCUCACCAUUUAGGAAAGAAAACCUCUUUUGAAGAUUAUUUCAAUUUAAUCAGGAUUAAAAGUAAAUAAAACUUUUAUCCUUAACAUCCUGUGUAAAGUAACCUUAGUUUUAAUAUCUUAAUCAGAAAAUUCAUAGAAAGAAACAAGAAUAUGAAGAGCUUGAUGUCCCGUGGUCUUUCUUAAUAACAACCCAUUUACAAAAGACUAUAAUCUACUCAGAAGAAAGCUUCUAUCAAGGACCUUAAUCAGAUUUUGAGAAAAUUCACACUUAAAAUAAACAAUAUCCCCCUAAAACCAAAACAAUGAAGGUAUUAGCAGUUAAUACAAACAACUUGCCUCAAUUGGAUGAUUCAUUUCAAAAAUGAUGAAAAUCUUAAGUCUCUAAAGUGCUCUGUAUUCAAACUGGAGAGUAUAUAAAGGUAGUAAUCAUUUACAAAUCAGGUGGACUAAGAAACUGUUGUUGGUUUACACAUUCUUGUCCGACUCUAAUAAUGGCAAAAAUGAGUCUCUCUUCUUGCGUAUUAAUCCUGAUUUUUUCUUUGCUUUCUCAAGGUGUAAUGCUUUCAGCAUCCAAAUCUAUAAGAAAUUUAGAAGAUGACAUGGUAUUUAAUACAUUUAGGCUGGGUAAAGCCUUUCAGAAAGAAGAUCCUGCAGAAAAAUCAUUCCUUGCUCCUUCUCUGGAACAAUAUAAAAAUGAUGAGUCCAGUUUCAUGAAUGAUGAUGAAAACAAAAAUUCAAAGAAUGCAGGUGCCAAACAUAAUUUCUUAAAUCGUGGUCUGCCACUGAAUCUGGCUAUAAAGCCUUACCUUGCAUUAAAAGGAUCUGUAGCUUUCCCAGCUGAGAAUGGAGUUCAGAAUAAUGAAUCAACACAAGAAAAGAGAGAAAUUGGGGAUGAAGAAAAUUCAGUUAAAUUUCCCAUAGGAAGGAGAGAUUUUGACAGUGAGUAGUCUUUUAAAAACUUCUAUGUUAAUACCAUAACAUAGAACUCUGGGCUUAACUGAUUUUGGAUUUAAAGUCAAAUAAACAUGGUUCACCUAUAUUAAGUGUUCUACGCCACAGAUGUACAGUUUAAAACAUUGAAUUAGUUAUUAUAACUUGGCUUACUGAGGAUUAGCUAUACUGUACCUAUUCUUUUAUGUCUGACAAAUUAAAUGUGAUAAUAAUAGCCAUUUAAAUAUUUAAAUUUUGUUUCCUCUUCAGUGCUUAGGUGUAUGCUGGGAAGAGUCUAUCGACCUUGUUGGCAAGUCUGAUACCUGCUGGUCCACAUCAUCUUCAAAGAAGAAAACAAAAUCAUUCAGUUGCCUGUGGGAGAGAAAGCCCUUUAUAUUAUUGUGACUUGUAUUAUUUUCAGUGUCUGUUUUAAAAGAAAGUGGUACU